CGCCCGCCUCCUCCCGCUCCACGCCCCCCGCCGGCUCCUCCUGCGCCACCUCCUGGCCCCGCUGCCCACCGAGACCCAGCCCCCCCGCCGGGUGGCCCUGAGCGGCGCCGCCGGCAUCGGCAAGAGCGUGACCAUGCAGAAGAUCCUGCACGACUGGGCGCUGGGCGCGGCUUUCCAGGGCCCCCUCUGCGCCUUGGAUUUCUCCUGCCGGGAGCUCAGCACGAUGUCCAGCCCUGUCACCCUGGAGGGGCUGAUCUGCACCAAGCGCCCCCACCUGCAGGAGGUGCUGCCCGAGCUGCUGGCGCGGCCCGGGGACCUCCUCAUCCUCGUGGACGGCUUGGAUGAAUUCCGGCACCCGUUGGACGGCGGAACUCCCUGCCACCGGCCCGGCCAGCCGGCCCACGUCAAGGAGCUGCUGCGGGGCCUCAUCGACGGGACCCUGCUGCCCGGGGCGGCCGUCGUGGUGACGUCUCGGCCGUGCCCGGCCCUCUCCAGCAUCCCCUUUGAUCGCCACUUGGUGAUCCUCGGCUUUGACGAGGACCAGGUGGAGGACUACUUCCGCCGGUUCUUCCGGGAUGCCGAGCGAGCCGCUGCCGUGCAGGGCUUCAUCUCCGGCCACCAAGGCUUAGCCGGGCUUUGCUUCAUCCCCCUCUACUGCUUCAUCUUAUGCACCGCCCUGGGGGAGUUCUUCCCCGCCGGCAGGGCAGCUGACCCAUCUCCGCCCACCACCAUCACCGAGGUCUAUCGCUGCUAUAUGGCCACCAUCCUGGGAACCGGCUGGUCUCCGGAGCCGGGCGCCAGGCAGCUGGUCCUGCAGCUGGGGCGCCUGGCAUACGCCGCCCUGUUGGCCGGCAAGAUCCUCUUCACCCCAGCUGAGCUGCGGGAAUUCGGGUUCGACCCCCAAGACCUUCCGGGCACUUUCUUCAACCCCAUCUUCUCCGGAGAAGACCACCAGGUCUAUUGCUUCUUCCACCUGACGGUGCAGGAGUUCCUGGCUGCACUCUACUGCGUGGCGGCCCUGGAUCCUGGCGCUGAGGACCUCACGCCCUGCCUGGAUCUCUGGUGGGAGGGAUCGGCCGGGCAGGACGGGGAUCCAGAGUCCUCCUGGACAUCACCAGGGGAAUCCAGUCUCCUCCACUCCACCAGGCAGCUCCUGAAGGGCCACCAGCCCCAGUGGGACAAUCUCCAGAUGUUCGCCAGGUUCUUCAUGGGGCUGCUGACCUCCAGGAUGGAGGGGAAGCUGGAGGGGUUGGCCGCAGGCUUCUCGGGAGACGUGCUGGGGCCCGUGGCGGACUGGCUGGGGAGGAAGCUCAGGGGAGACACCGAGAGGCGCCUCCUCUCGCUCCUGCACUGCGUGGCUGAGCUGCGCCAGGAGGGAGUGACGGGCCGGGUGGCCUGCGAGCUGGAGGACGUCAACCUCUUCAAGGUGACCCUCAACCCAGCCGACUGCGCCGCCCUGGCCUAUGUGCUGGGGGCCUCCGAGCCCGGGCGAGUGAAGAACCUCAACCUGAGCUACAGCAACAUGGGCAUGGUUGGGCUGCGCACGAUCCGGGGGCUGCUGCACCGCUGCGAGACGCUGCAGCUGCGCUACAAUGGGGACUGGCUGGCUCGGCGGGGGGGGCAGAAAAUGGUUUGCCAGGUCUCAGCCCCGAUCCCAGCAGGGACAGGGACCGUCUCCCCCUCUCCCCCCUCGGCUACUAACCGACCCCCUUGCUGGCAGCCCCAAAAGAGCUGCCCAGGGCUGGCUGGGCCAUGGGGAGCGAGCCCCCCUCGCCGGGGCUCAGGGGUGGGACGCACCCAAGAGGCGCUGGGCUGGGGGGGGGGAUUUCUGAGCCGGCCCCUUCCCCGCCCACGGGUGGAUCCCGUCGCUCUGCUUCCCUGCAGCCUGUGCGGGAACUGCCUGGGCUCGGAGGGGGCGAGGCGGCUGUGGGAGGCCCUGCGGGAGAACCGCACCCUGGAGGAGCUGUACCUGGACAUCACCGGCAUCACCGACAGCGGCCUGGAAAACAUGCUGCCCUGCCUCCUGGCCAACAGCACCCUCCGGCUCCUGACCAUCGUGGGGAACCGGCUGAGCGAGGCCGGGCAGCGGAUCCUGUCGGAGCUGAGCCGUCGCAAGCCAGGCCUGAAGGUGAUCAGCACGUUCGAGAGCGACAUGGGCCUGCUUCAGGCCUACCUGGACUGGGUGGAGGAGAUCAAGGCCGACCCCGACCAGAUGGACGCCGUGAAGAACGCCGACGCCCUGCGCUGCAUCGUCUCCGUCCUCCGGGACUUGGACGAAGCCAGGACCAGCCCCGAGGCCCGGGCCAGAAUCCGAGAGCUGAGGCGAGAGAUCAGCGCCCUCCUGGGGGAGAAGGAGUGACAGGUGCUAGGAGCUGCACGUCUCGCUGCCAGGCUCCUUCCCGCCACCAGGGGGAGACACCCUCUGAGUUCCCUCAUGAUGCCAUCUGGGUGAAGCUGUAGGGUAACGUAGGUGUUUAGGGGAGCUG